UUUUUUUUUUUUUUCACUCAAUCGGUAUCGAACAAGCUGCAUCGAUUAGCCUUUCGCUAUUUGCCGUCUGAGAGCUUCCAACGAUAUCAAUUGACAAGAUAUAUUGUCUUCACUGUCCUAACCUAACCCGCAGGACACUAGUUCUCAACCGAGAUCAAUCAUAAUCGGUAGUGAACAGUCUUCUAUACCGUGCACGGUAUUCCAUGAUUAAGGCACUACUGGCCACAUACCGGACUUGCUAACGGAACGGAUUGGGUAAAGAUGUCGAUCAACUGGGUGAUGCUACAUGAGCAUGAAGGCUUUGUCCGUCUUCCUCAUGAGCAUUUGAUAUAUACGUCCCCACCUCGCACUUGCCUUUCUUUGAAACCACUCGACUCAUAUAAAGGCAAGGAUGCCAUAUCAUUCCAAAGUGAUUCGGGCCGAAUUUAUCUUACAAAUCAUCGGGUCGUAUAUAUACCAGCCAAGAAGUCUAAUGACUUCCAAUCAUUCUCUGCACCUCUUCUUCACAUGCAUGAUACUCAUGUAUCAGCCCCACUUUUUGGUGCAAAUGUGUGGCAGUCUCUUGUCCAGCCAGUACCUGGUGGAGGUAUACCCUCAUCACUGCCAGCGGCACAGUUGAAGGUGACUUUCAAGGAGGGAGGAGCGUUUGAUUAUCACAACAAAUUCGAAGAGAUCAAAGAACGCCUACGAGUGGCCCAUGAGAACACUCGACAAAGCAGCCGAGGGGUUGGGAAUGUUGAUAUGUCUACUGUUCAUCUGGACCAAUUGCCCGCUUACUCCGGCCCCGUUCAUGAUUCGACUGGCUCCAACCGUGACAAUCAACAUCCUCCAUCAAACUCCCAAGAUAGCCAUGCUACUUCAGAGUCGUGCCCCAUGGGACCGCCGCCAGGCUAUGAAGAAGUUCAGCAGCAGAGUAUCGCCGAUGAGCUCGAAGAAAGGUUACGUCGUGCCAGCUGAGAAAGCAUAUUAUUGCCUGGACCUAAUUAGACACAUUCUUCGUACCUCGACAUAUCUCAUCUCUCUUUUUUUCUCUUUCCAUGGUUCUUAAUGACUAUAAACAAUCCGUUCUUGUAUAGUACAUCUAUUACUUACUAUAGCUAAAGGGUCGAUCUAGUACCUAGCGCGUUUAAACACCAUCAGCUUUUCUGGCUUUUUCUUUUCUUUUAUUUUUUCCUAAAUAGGAUCAUAGAGCCUAUUCUUAAGAUAUAUAUUAUUGAAUAUACCAUUCUAGUCAUUCCUAGCAGCUGGGAAGGCUCAGUAUCAGAUUGUUAUUUCUUAAAAAAUAGGAUUACUACAUUGGUCAAUCCCCUACCGAAGCGUCGGCCAAUCACGUGUGCGAUAAUUGAACAUUCGCCGGCGGCCGGACUGUUCCGAUUUUCCUGGACGGCAGAGCCAAA